AUGCUAUCCGGGUCGUGGGGAAUUGGGCUGGAACGAUGCUGCAUUCCUGUUUACGUAUUUCGGUCUUACAUGGUUUGUCAUGAUGACUUUACCAGGGUAGACUAUGGAGGAAGAUUGAAAACACAGGAGAAUUUCCUAUCUCCUUCACCUUCGUACUUCAAGCGUUCACGUCGAGUAGGAAUACAGGCUGCGAUAUUGAAGGCUCUGGCGAAGGUACCCGACACUAUGGAUGAACCUGCACCAAAAAGACUCAGAGGCGAAUCGAAACACGAAGAGAAUGGAACAUGUGCGGAGUCCAGUGGUAUCCCGCAGUGGGUGAUUCACGCACUCUACUCUGAAUCGGUGACGGCAAAAUUGUGGAAUGUGGCCAGCCGAGCUUUGGGAAAGGCUGAACCUCCCACUUUCUUCCCCGAGUACACAGGCAAGGAUGGAGCCACAUACGUUUAUCGACACCUGAGCUUCUGGACGUCUGGCUUCUUUCCCGGAUCCCUGUACCUGCUACUUGAGCGCCAGGCCAAGAAUAACAGCAGUACAGAGCCAUGUACUCCCCAUCCUCUCGUUUUGCAACACCUCUGCCAGUGGUGGACCGUCAACUUGCAUCAGAACGCCACCCUCAACACAACACAUGACCUUGGCUUCAUGAUUGCGCCCUGGGCCAUCAAAGCGUGGGAGCUACACCGGGAUGCGAGGGCGUUCAGCAGCCUGGUGACAGCAGCGAAUACUCUUGCCAGUCGCUUCUGUCCCAAGGUUCAGUCUAUCCGCAGCUGGGAUACCUGUGUGACGAAGCGGUAUUCAUUCACAGAUCCUUCCAGGGACUUCCUUGUCAUCAUCGACAACAUGCUGAACCUCGAUAUGCUGUUCUGGGUUGCCAAGGAGACGGGCAAUCGGCACCUGUAUGACGUUGCCCUGGCACACGCUCGCACAACGCAGAGACACCAUAUACGGGCCAACCACUCCACAUACCACGUGGUGAACUUCGACCAAGAGACGUGCACGCCCAAGGAGAAGUUGACGAACCAGGGCUACAGCGACGAGAGUUGCUGGGCCAGGGGGCAGGCGUGGGGUAUCCUCGGGUUCGUGCAGACAUUCCAGUGGACCGGCGAUCCAUCGUUCCUGCAGACGUCACGACAGCUUGCCGAUUACUUCAUCAAAAAUCUGCCUGGCGAUGGUGUGCCGUACUGGGACUUUGAUGCACCCGUCACGAGUGACUCGCCGAGAGAUACGUCCGCUGCGAUGAUCGCAUCGUGCGGGAUGCUCUUGAUCUACAAAGCCCUCAGAGCGCAGGGCAAAUACGAUGAAUCGGAGCAUUAUCUCGUUGCUGUCAAGCGCAUUGUGGAAGGAACGUUGAGCAAGUUUCUGAAUCCUCCGACCUUCAAAUUCAUUGUCCAGCCUUCCAACCGAGGUAUCGAGACAUACGAGGAUGGCCUGCCCUGCGAUCACGAGGAGAAGCCGGAACCUGGAUUCUUGGCUGUGAGCGAGUCUGCUGCGACGAAUGGGAUGAAUGGCAGAGGGGUAAAUGGCACUGAGAGCAAGAAGCCAGUAGCAGAGACGAUCCUCACCGGUGCCACAAUCAACAACUACGAGUUUGCCCCCAGAAGAUGGGCCAACCACGGUCUAGUCUAUGCGGAUUAUUAUUUUAUGCUUCUGGGGAACAUGUUGCUUGAGUUGGGCUUGGUGCCUUCGUUGCCAUAG